AUGAUGUCAAAGCUUCCCCUGAAAACCAUUUUCUUGCAUUUUAUCGGUUAUCUUGCUUAUUUUCUCAACGAGGUUGGCGCUCCUUUACCUGCUUCCCGAUUCGUACCGCCUGGUCGCCGCGGUACAUGCUGAUUGACACGCAGAUCCUAUAUACGCAAAUUCUCAACCUGAACCAAAGAAGCGUUAAAGGGCUAAGCAACCUUGAUCUGUGGAGCCGGGUCGUGGAUCUCGACAGCAGACCUUUCAAGCAAACGAAGGGCGAAGGAUUGUCAUUUAUGGAACACUGCAGACUGAUGGCGUAGGGGUGAGUGUCACCAAGCAAAAUUUUUGCAAGUCGCAAAGGAGGCCGGCAACAAAAGGCGAAGGUUCUGGACGAAGAUGUACCGUACGUUGACUCGCUUGCUCCAAUUGAGCAAAAAUGCCUGGAGGGCCGCUGAUUCGCUAUCGUUACACCUCCUGCCAGAAGGCGAAUGAAUUGAAGACGAAAAAGUACAGAAGGAUCAGAGAGACAUUAGUCAGCCAAUUCCCAAAUGUCAAGACUGCGCAGGAGAAAUUAUCACAACAUCCCAUUUCAGUUAAUGGCCUCGAGACGUACUGUCGCAAUCUACGGGAAACAGCAAGCGUAUCUCGGGUGCUAUCGAAUUUCUGCGAACACGACGUCAAACCUAUCAGGAUACCCUCUUUUCCGAAAACUGCGCCUCUCAGCCUAUUUCAAUCAAUGCCAAGCAGAUUCUCGAUUGGCGAGAACCAUAAAUUUGUGCUUUGGAUGGGACUAGGAUUUAAUCAUGGGAAAUUGUUCCAUGAGCCGAUCAGAGGUGUAGGCAUGCGACGGAUGCUCAAAAAACAAGGUUUCGAGGUGUACCUGCUCGAUGAAUUCAAACGUCCUCGUGCUGUCCUGACUGCGGCGAUCCGUUGGAAAAAUUCAAGAAGGUGCCCAAUCCCGGGCCAUACCGACGAACGAAGCAACCAGAAGUAUUAUGCCAUGGUCUGUUAA